AUGGAUUACUCCUCGAUAUCUAACGACCCCGAUCCUACUGAUUCGUCGCCAUGGGGUUCGACCUCGCCACGAGCUGCACGACCAUUUUCCGCCAGCAGUGACGUCCCUCCGGCAUUCCCCUCGCAGCAUCAAUCACCUUAUACCACCGACCAUGAAGGACCAUACCACCACAAUGGCGAAGGGGACGAGAGAGUACAGUCUCCGGGUUUAUCAGACCAUCCUACAGAUUCUCAUCAUGUAGGCUCCCCAGAGGCACAGUCAGCAUACCGUCAUGACGGUCAGCCGCAGCAUCAACAGGAGUACAGGCAGCAGCAGCAACAACGAUCGCAGGCGCCAUCGAGAUAUCAAACCGGAGCGCGACAGCAGCCUAGACCAAAUGCACCUAAGUAUAAACUACAAGCUAAGGUUACGGCGCUGGAAAGAACAGGAAAGAAGGACCCUGUCAUUAGAUUUGACGUUCACACAAAUAUCCCUAAGUUUCGAACCACACAGUUCCGAGAUGUCCGGAGAACUCAUUCCGAGUUCAUCAAGCUAGGAGAUCACCUAAUAUCGUCGAACCCAGAGGCAUUGGUGCCUGCUGUACCCCCUCCGCUUACUCCCGCAGGUGCUGGUACCGAAGAGGAUGAAAUGCGCGUGAAGGCCUCAAUGCAACGAUGGCUCAACUACGUAUGCAGCAAUGAUGUUUUAAUGGUCGACGAUGAAAUGAUCUUGUUCGUUGAAAGUGAUUCUGGGUACAGUCCCGUUGUCCGGAUGAAGCAGCCCGCCACUGGCGUACGAAGGAAGGUGAUAAAGCAAUUCGCACCACCACCUGACGAUACGCCAGAGCUUCAUGAUGCACGUCCAGUGGUGAAGCUCUUUUACCUUGGAACCAUGGAGGCUGGUCAGAAGGUGGACCGGGUGGUCAAGGCCAGGAGAGCACUCGCCCUUGCGGAAUCCGAUCUUGGGGUAAAACUAGGACAAAUGCAUGUUCAGGAGACCCAUGCUGGGCUCGCCAAUGCCUACAAGAAGCUCGGCAAAAUCAUUCAAACUACUGGAGACUACCAUGCUGCCCAGGGAACAGCUGAAGCGACCACUCUGGGCGAUCCUUUAAACUACCAUUCGUCAGAUGCUUUUAUCGUGAAGGAAACCCUAACAAAUCGACACAUCCUGCUUCGUGAAUUGAUCCAGGCCCAGCAAGCAGCUAGCAGUAAGCGAGCUGCAGCAGACCGUCUGAAGGCUAGCACCUCUGUACGCCCGGACAAGGUGGAUGAAGCUAUCAGCGCCCUAGACGAUGCUCGAGGCCACGAGGAAUAUUUACUAAAGAAAACCCAACGAGUUACUAACAACCUUCUACAGGAGAAGCGCCGCUGGUUUAAUCGGACAGCAAACGAUCUACUACUUAGUCUUCGUGAAUAUACUCUCCGAGAAAUCGAGGCUGAACGCAGAACCCUGAGUACCCUAGAGAGUGUCCGUGCAGAUAUCCGCUCUAUUGAUUCUUCCGGUGGGUUGAGUCGUUUAGGUCGUGAGUCGCACCCCGCUGCUCGACGAGCAAGCCUGGCUUCCAGCCAGGGCCCGAAGGGUGAUGCAUGGAGCGGUGUUGCACGUCGUGGGGACAGCUUAAGCAGAAGUAUCAGUGGAAGUUUCGUGGCGCCGGUACCAGAGGUUGAUGAUGAUGUAAAUGGAAGUAUCCACGGAACAGGCAGAAGAUCUCGCAGCGGAACCAUCAUUGAGGAGGAUGACGAUCGAGUCGAUGCUAAAAAUGCUGCCAGUCGAUUGGCCGCCAGUACGUUUUAG